UACACCUUUCAGUGCAUGCAUGUGGUUUUAAAUUUAAAGUUUUUUGAAAAAGAUAGAUGGAGAUGGAGGAAGGUUUGGUGGUGAGAGGGAGGGUGGAGAUCGAUAUGCGGCGGCCUUUCAAGUCGGUUAAAGAGGCUGUUAUGUUGUUCGGAGAGAAAGUUUUGGCAGAAGAGGUCUAUGCCGGCCAGAAGCACAAACAGAUUGCGAUCAAUGAAGGAGAAAACAAUCGCGAAUACCGAACAAAAGUCGGAGCCAUAGCCGCAGAGCUCGAAGAGACAAAACAAACCCUAGAGAAAGCAAAAGAGGAGGAAACAUGCAUGGCUUACUACCUCGCCUCGCUUAAACAAGAACUUGAAGAAACCAAGUCCGAGCUAAAACAACUCAAGUCGAAACAAGAACAACCCUACUAUCCAAAACAUUCUUCUCCGGUUGAUAAAGAGAUAGAAGAGAUCAAAUUCAUCGAAAAUCCACUAAAAGUAGAAGUAAAUCAUCCGGAAAAGGAAGAAAGUGAUGAUGAUUACGCGGUAUUUGAAAAGAAAAGAUCGGUAAAGUUUGCUAGCCCUACUUCUUUAACCAAAUUGAUGGUUGAAGCUCCCAAAAUGCAAGAAACAAGCCCAUCUUCACACAAGAAGAAAGCCUUAAGAAAAACCAUAAUUCCUUCACUUGGUGGGAUUUUCUCAAGAAAGAAAGGUAGUCAAUCUGCAAAAACACUCAAAAUUUCCAAAUGAAACAAGUUGGAUCUUUAAAUGGAUUCAAAGAUGUUCGUUAUGAUUCUGAUCUUCAUAUGUCUGAUUUUACAUGGAUGGAACAAAUAACUGAAGAUCAUCAUCAUUACAUGUAACAUGAGCAAUAGCUAACGUUGGCGAAUAUUUGUUUUAGAUUCUUUUUGUUUUAGGGUUUCAAAUCUUUUAUGUCCUAUGUAAUAAGUGUACUAUUGAUUAAUACGAAACAUUUUAAAACAA